AUGUCCCGACUCGUGAGUCUCGAAAAGGACCCAAGAGCCGCGUCCAGAACUGAGAAGCCAUCAGACUGUCCGAGACAAAGUGGGGGACGGGACGCUGAAGACUGGAGUAGGGGACCAGAAUCUACACAAACUAGUCGGUGGACCUGUGCCGUGCUUAGUGUGGAGGCGCCAUUUCCACUUCCGUGCGGUCAAGCAAGUGUAUCGUCGCCGUUCAUCAACAUUGAUCCGGCCCAACAGACGGACAUAACCAAACUCCUGCCCGAAACGAAGACGCCUCGCUUUUACAGUCGACGUCGUGCGCCGGCGGAUGAAGAGUCCCCAAUGAAGUCCCUUGAGUCCCUUGACGUCCCCAUAAACUCUGCCGGUACUGGUUGUAGCCAAGUUAUUGUCCUCGACUCGUGGAAGCGAGAGAAGAAGGCCAUGGAAGGCAGGGUCUCAAGGCCGGCCAAAAGCCAAAAUGUCGACCAACCAUGGCAGCGGUCAAACCACCAUGUGCUUGCGGCGCGCUUUCGCACUGUCGACUUGUGCCAACGGCCCGAGAGUGUACUAUGUCAGGGUUUGUGGUGCAGCGCCAGUCGGGGGCAGUUAGGUGCCAGUAGCCCAGCAGCCACAAGGUUCCAAGGCCGCUGGGCUGGCCAGGCUCGUCUCGGGGGGUGCGACCCAUCAUCCGUCGCCCACAUGGUCCAAUUGCAAGCCAGCCUAGCCCAGAUGGGCUUCAUGGAUCGCAGUCCCAGCAUUGCACGCCUGGUUCUGAAUGCCCAAAGCACUGCACUGGCACCAUGCGCAGACACCCCGUUCAAGCACGUCGGGCAGUCAAAUCAAGCAGAAUUCAAGUCAAUCCAAGUAGUUUUUUCAUAUCAGACCGUCAAUGGGCCAUUGAUGCAUCCAUUCAUUGAUUCACGGCCCGUCCUGUUGGCCCUUCCUCAACACCAACUCUCCUCCUUCGACAGCAUGCCCACUCGUCCAAACUCACUCCCUCCAUCAUCCCCCCACGCGUAUCUCUCGCUCCUCUCUCACGCUUCUCGCUACAGCGCGCAUCCCCUUUCCCCUUUCACUCAUUCGUUCAUUUGA